UUAACCAAAACAUUCCAAGUAUGUAGUAACUCUUGUAAUGUCGUAAACAUCGCUCGAAUGACCAUCAAUUAAGUUAAAAACCUUUAAAAAUACCAUUUUAAGUCGGUGUUAUUUUAAAAUUAAAUCCCGUAUAGAAGAUGGCGCGGUUCCUUUUUUUUCUUUUUCUUCCUUCUGCUACGAAAGAAAGAAGAAAAGAAAAUAGUAUAUGCCCGUGUUGAGGCUACUUGGGGGACGUUUUAGUUGUUUUGUUUAUCUUUGCUGCCGGCAGAGAAAAACUGUAAAUUUCGGUGUUAAGUUCUCCCUAUCUGACACACACUGUCAUAAGGAGACUGACGUCACAUGCCGUUAAACCAAUAGCAUAAAUGAAAAAAAAAGGGAGUAUAUCCCUCCUCGACAACGUCGUAGGUCUUUUCGCAUCUUCUGUCAAUAGCAGUAAAUUGGAUGAGAAGUUAGACAGUUACGUCACACUCUUCCCCCUCGAUAGUCGUAUAGGGUUUUAUGGAAACCGGGCUCGUGUUACAGUCCGGUAAAGUGGGGUUUUUGUAUAGAAGUCUCCACACACAAUUCGGGGGUCUGAUUGAAAGAAAUGCCAAAUGACAGUAGCUAAUGACUUCAGGAAGUAACCUCGGCACGUUCGAUUCGAUGACUCGCGAUAAUGAUGCAAUUAUCUGUUAUAAAUAUACAUUUUUUGAUACAGUUCGAAACUAAAAAUAGUCGGGACGAACAAAAGGUUUUUCUUUUUGUUUGUUUGUUUUUUUUCCCCUUCCUUUCUUCCUCCCGCUUCGGGAACUUCUUGUUUUGUUUUGUUUCGUUUCUAUCCGUAACUAAAUCUUCGUUAGAUUCGUAUGCUUGACAUCAGUUGGUGUGAUUAUAAAAUUAAUUUAUCGCCGUCCUCCCAAAGGUUAAAUUUCCUUUAGAUGAAAAUGAGAUUUAAUUUAGUUAGAGUGGAUUAAACUUCACCGUCGUUAAGGUGUUUAUAUCAAUUAAUUAUACGACAAAGAAUAGAUAUCUUAUCUUCGGCUAUAAAUAAUGUAAAAAUUUCAACAAUGUUUGUUUAAAGUUGAUUAGAAGUUUAUAAUUAAGCUUAAACUUUUCACUAAUUUCUUUUAGAGUGAAAUAUUGUUUAAAUUUACUAUUGUAAGAUGGUCGGACGGAGAUAACUCGAUAUAUAAACAACAGUCGGAGGUGGAACACAACGUAAUAAUGUCUAGAACAAUAUAGAAUAGCAAAAACAAUAUGAAUAGAAACACGCGUCACGAAGCCGUAAAUAAUCCGAGUAACACGUAGUAACACCUAAUAAUUAGAACAAUAUAUAAAUAAUUAUACACCUUAAUUAAUCAGAGCAAUAUUUAAACGGUCGAUAAGAUUGUAUUGUGCGUAAUAUAGAAAUAUUAGUAACGUUGUAAAUAAUUAGAACAGUGAUGUAAAAAUAAUCAGUACAACAAAAUAUACGCUAAAGAAUCGCUUGGGAAAAGUAAGUUUUACACUGUUUUUAAACGUUAAAAUUACCUAAAAGUUUGCGUAGUGUUCUGAUUAAUAAAUAGUUUAUUUAAGUUUCGUGCGAGCAACACGUAGCACACGAUAAAGAAGAAAAAUUUGCGUUUAAUAUUUGAACCGAAAGAGCUUAAUUUACGAAAUUAUAACUGCAGAAAGCGAAAAUAUUAGUUUUUUUUUUCUUUUCGAAUGUUGGAAAUUCUAUAGCUCAUCGAUUAAAGAGCAAAAAUAGCGAGAGGAGAAAAAAAAAGAGAGAAAGUAAAGAAUUCCUUCCUUCAUUAUUAUUCAAAUAAUCAUUGAUAGGGAGUCGGUAGGGUGGGUAUUCGUUAGUCUCUUCAAUGCUGUCUACCUGUCCACCCCCGCUUUAGCCAGAUGGAACUAAUCCUGCUCCGAUAUAUAAGUCUUCUCAUUGAAGGCUGCAGCAUUUGAUCACAUGCUCACUGGUCCCGUUGAAAGGUAAGGACCUCUCUAUUAUCGAUCACCCAAUUGUUAUUUUUACUUAUAAUAAGCUUAUUUUGUAUCCCGCAAUUAUCAAAGUUGGCUCCUACGAGGAGUACUAUUCAGCAUAACAUAACUAUCGUAUCGAGAAGUUAACCUAUGUGAUCGAAAUGUUUUCGCCUCCGAAACUCCUUUUAUAUAGCAUUUCCCCCAUUAUCCGGCACCCACUAGCACGUUUUGUUAUGCUAAUGUUCGAUUUUUAUACAAUUGUUGCACCCAAGCGACUUUUCUGCAUCUGUUUACUUGCUUGUAACUCAAUUUUUUUUUUAUUCCUUUCUUUAUUCCUGGAUACUAUUUUUAGCUUAGAAGCUUUCUAUUCACAGAUCAUACCUUUGCAUUAAAAAAAAGGAAGGAGAGAAAAAAGUGAACCAAAUUAAAAUCGUUCCCUUUUAUCCACUGACGUAUGAAAGUGCAUCUGGCACUCUUCAUUCUUUUUAAAUAUUGAAUAGCUUUGGGAAAACAUUCUAUCGUUUUCUGGUAUUCUAACCUAAACGGGAAAGAAGGGAUCAAUCCAGUUUCCAAUAUUCUAUCCAUUUAUCAGUUAUCUUCCGGAUGAGCAGAUUCAGUGACGUGAAGAAACACAAUCCCCCCUUCUUCGCCAUCUCUUAUCGCUUCGCUACCAGGACUGCAAGCUUUUCUGCUUGAUUACGCCCUCGCUGACCCUACAAGACUGUCUCCAGGUGAUAGUCCUCUCUCAUCUCUCGAGACCAUCACCAACAGGAUUAAAUAGUGAAUGGACAAGAUUUGUCAAAGGCGAGUCACGAAGAAGCAAUUGAAGCGUUUCGUCAAGCUAAAGAACCGAUUCUGGUGGAGGUAUUAAGAAGAUCAUCGCCAAAACCUGGCAUGACCGAAUCUUCUCACCUUCAAUCACCAAACUGUUGCGAUAUCACAACACAAACUGAAUGGUCUGGAAAUUGGGAUCCUUUGCUACCACUAGAACAGAAUAAUACCAUGUCACAAACAACACAACUCGCUUUGCUUACAAGCGAUCAUUAUGUUUCUCUGGGAAGUGAACCCGACGGAGACGACGAUGGGGUUGAAUACGAGGAAGUCAUACUUCAAAGGAGUGGAAGCACCGAAAAAUUAGGAUUGACUCUAUGCUACGGUGCACCAGAAGAAUUGGAAACAGAUAUAUUUGUUAGCGAAAUAGAACCGGAGAGUGUUGCUGCUAAAGAUGGUCGAAUUCAGAAAGGGGAUCAGUUGUUGCAGAUAAACGGCGUCGAAGUUUGCAACAGAGAACAGGCCAUCUCGUUAUUUUCUGAGAAACGUCAAGAUUUUACACUUCUGGUUGCACGACCUCAGAUGCAGAUGGAAGAUUAUCUUUUGGAAGACCAAACUUCUGAAUUACCUCUAGCUUUUUGCCGUCAACAUCUGGAGGAUGCGGACGACACGGAUACAGGAACGGCCGAAAAUCAGCACGAAAAAGAUAGCGGAGUGGGCAGAACAGAUGACAGCACCAAAAACGAAGAAAGUUCUGAACACGAAGCGGCAGAAUCCGUUAUCGAACAGCAAAGAAAUUUUCAAAAUGACGACUGCAACGAUAACAAUAAACUGAAAACUGAAGAAGAAACGAGCGAAACUAAAUGUUUCGGACCACUUUGUCGAUUUCAAUCCGACAUAAGCCUGGAUCACGAAAUGGCACUUCUCAAUCAGGAAAUGGAAAACAUACAACUGGAAUGUGAAUCGCUAGUAAAUCGUCACCUUCAAGAGCAGCAACGCCUCAGGUGUCAACUAGAACACGUUUAUGUUAACCUCGCAGAUUUACGAACCUCGAACAGAUUCCCGGAUCAAGAAACGAAACUUUCCAUGGACAAAAAAGAAUCGGUGGAACGUUGGGUCAAGAGCAUGGUUCUAGACGAUAAGAAGACCGACGAAAGUUCGAGCGCCUAUAACACGGGAGACAGUCGCAGGAGCACCCCAUUAACUUUAGAAUUAUCUCCGUUGCCGUGUGAAGAACGUAAUAACGAAUUCCACGGCUCCAUGAUAUCUCUCAUCUCGCCAAAAAUGGAAGAUAAAAGCACCCAACUGAACGAAUCCGACGUAGCCAGUAUAUUCAGUUGCGAUAGUUGUCGCAAAUGUUGUCGCGCCCUUUUCCAAUACGAGGAAACUUCGCAGAAAGAAACAACGAAAACUAAGAAGAACAAUGAAGAGAUUCGAGACGAAUCGAGUAGAAAGCGAAAAUGUGCAACGGUCUAUCCCUGUACGACCAUGUACACCAAUCAGGACAAUCUACAGCAUACAAUAUGGCUACAACAGCAACUAUUCCGCCAAGCUCUAGUGCAGCAGCAGUCGAAGCAGAAAAAAUUACCCAAUUGUGGUAGCAAGAGAGAAUCCAUCGCAUCAAAAGUCGGCGGGUUAAGUACUGUUAAAGAAGACGAAGAGAUGAAAAUGGAGUGGAAAGUUAAAAGAAGAUCGGAUGGAACUCGUUACAUCACCCGUCGACCUGCCAGAAACAGAAUUCUAAGAGAACGGGCCAUUAAGAUAACGGAAGAAAGGUCCGGGCUGACUACAGAUGACGAUGCAGUCAGCGAGUUAAAAGUUGGAAAGUAUUGGUCGAAAGAAGAACGCAAACGUCAUCUAGAAAGAGCUAGAGAUAGAAAAAAGAAAGAGAUGAUCAUGAGAACCAAGAUGUCAUGCCUUAAAGAGUAUGUGGAAGAUGGCGACGAACAGAACAGAAAAGAAACAAACAUUUUAGAAUUAUCUUAUAAAAAAAUGAUGAAGAAGCGAGGUAAAGCUGUCUUCGACGAUUUUACUACCGUCCAGGAAGUGUUAGUUCAUGGAACGAAAGGUCAGAGUUCAGGGACGAAACCGUUAGGUCUUCUAUCCGUUACUACUGUAUGACUUAUGUAUAUAUAAGCUCAUUUAUUGCAUUGUAUAUAUAUUGAUUGAUUUCGAAAAUUCUUCUGUCUGAUCUUUGCAUUGAUAUGUGUUCUUUCUAUAUACGUAAAAUGUAAGAUAUUUGUAUAUAAAUAAUAAUAAUAAAAAAAAUUCAAAGAUAAAUCAAUUUAUUCGUUACGUUCCGAAUAAUUUAACGAGGAGCCAUUAAAGAUAUAUAGAAAAAAAAAAUUAUAUUUUUAACUUUCU